AUGCUCGCCCUGGUAGAGGAAAUAAUAGCUAAUCUGCCACCGCUUCGGAUCCCUCGGCUGAGGCACCAUCGAGUGACAGAUUGGGACCCGUACUUCGAAAAUGCCGAGGGCCAGGGAAUCAACGGCUCGCAGAACGUAGCGUUGCACCUUGGUGCGACUGCUCUUCUCGACUGUCGCGUCGCAAUGCUCUCCGGGAAGAAGGUCAUGUGGUUACGCCGCAACGCCGACUGGGCAUCACUUUUAACCCUGGGUAAUACCACUCACAUUUCCGAUCCCAGGUACAGCGUUAGCUUCCAGUAUCCGAACAACUGGCGGCUGGCGAUCGCCGGCGUACGCAGGGAGGAUCGCGGAUUGUACGUCUGCCAGGUCAACACGCACCCCCCGAGAAUGCUCGUCACCAACGUCACCGUUCUAGCUCCAGACAUAAGGAUCGUGGACGAGGCUAGACACGAGCUACGUGAUCGCUACUACAAAACCGGAAGCGGUAUCGAGCUGGCAUGCGUCGCUCGACCUUCCUGCCCCGACUCCAGGAUACCGCAUCCCGUCUGGAGGAAAAAUGGCGUGACGUUGCCGGAUCACGUCAACGUUUAUCACAUUAACGGGUCAAACGAAGAUCUGGUGACCAAGCUGUACAUCGAUCAGGCGAAAAAGACUGACAGUGGCGAAUACUCGUGCUCAGUGAGCCAAUUCAGUACCGCCGCGGUGCAUAUUCACGUCCUGAAUGGUGAGAAGCAAGCAGCUGUUCACCACGAUCAAUGGAACGCAUCGCGCACGAACCACGAAAAAUUGAAAAACCUGUACAUCACAAUCGUCAGUCUUGUUUUCCUCCAGACUUGGAUGAUUAGCUCGCCAUAAAUCUCAUUUAAAAAGAAAAGAAAAAAGAACGUCACAAGAUUGAUUGCAUACUCUGUUUCGUCGCUCUGUAUUUGUGAGUGUCUGCCAGAACGCGUUUCUAGCAACAGAUCAGUAUUACUACGAUGGACGAAAACUGCCGAACAAAUUGUAACGCAAUAAGUUAGUGUGCAUUGUGUACGAUACUGCGAAACUACAGACAAAUAUUGUGAAUACCGACUUAUUUCAUUCCGAUCUGAUAUAUUUUGCGGAUAUUUUGCUAGAGGAAGCUGAUCGAACGUAAAAAAAUGCAUGUUACUGUUCAACGCAAGAAGAUGUGUGAUUAACAACAGAGCGUGGUGAAAUGUGAUUCUUCUACAAAGAGACUGCGCCUUUGUUUAUUGUCUAUUAAUUAUCUAUUAAUUAGUCUAACCGUCUGUAUACUCACACUCUAAAAAAUUUCAUUUCAUCUGCUUAUUAUUGUCUAUUAUCGGUACUAAUACAUGUUACUAAAACAUCAAAUUGAUAAUUAUUAAUACUCGGAUUUUUUGAGUGUAAGUAAUAAUUUUUCUUUCAAG